AUGUUUUCUGAACAAGAUAUAUGUAAAUGGAUUAGUAUUCAUAGUAAACAGACCAAUACAAGCUGGUGUGUGAACAAUAAAUUGUCAAACAGUGAAAGUUCAAGAUAUGUUUGUAGAAAAGUUUAUAUGUGUCACCAUAGUGGAUUUAAUAAAGUUAGUAUUGACAACAACAAAAAAGGGAGAUCAAAAAACACAGAAUGCAAAGCUCAAAUUGACAUUAAAAUUAAACUUAAUACUAAGGACACAAGAAAAAAGGAUAAAUAUAUUAGAGAUGGUUUACCAGCAGUUGUUAUAUUUGUGAAUGAACAUAACCAUAAUUUAGCUUCUGCUGAAGCUUUAUCUUUUUUAAGACCUACCAAUGAAGUUAGAAUAAUAUAUGAAAAUUAUUUCAAUGAUGGUUUAGGUGAGUAUUUAUCUCCUCUAUAA